AUGGGUAAGGGUAAGCCAAGAGGUUUGAACGCCGCUAGAAAGUUGCGUGUCCACAGAAGAAACAACCGUUGGGCCGAAGAAAAUUACAAGAAGAGACUUUUGGGAACUGCCUUCAAGUCCUCUCCUUUCGGUGGUUCUUCUCACGCCAAGGGUAUUGUCUUGGAAAAAAUUGGUAUCGAGUCCAAGCAACCAAACUCUGCUAUCAGAAAGUGUGUCAGAGUCCAGUUGAUCAAGAACGGUAAGAGAGUUACUGCUUUUGUGCCAAAUGACGGUUGUUUGAACUUCGUCGACGAAAACGACGAAGUCUUGUUGGCCGGUUUCGGUAGAAAGGGUAAAGCUAAGGGUGAUAUUCCAGGUGUCAGAUUCAAGGUCGUCAAGGUCUCUGGUGUCUCCUUAUUGGCUUUGUGGAAGGAGAAGAAGGAAAAGCCAAGAUCCUAA